AUGAUACGUUUGAGAGCUGAAGAGGAUUUAUUGAUAAUUGAUGUUUACAAAGCGCAAUUUUCACUGGAUAAACCAAGACGAUUCGCAAUUUUUAAUUCGGAACUGAACGAGUUGCAGCGAUUCAAAGAUCUCACUGUUAAAGCACUAAUAUUGGAAUGUGCUAUAGAUGGAGACAUUUCUGCGCUGUUUCGUGCUUCUUCGCUUCUACCUCUGGAUGCAGAAUGUUCACUUACACUCAAAUCUUUGUGCUUCUCCGAUCCCAUCAUUACGCAGUUGCUGAGGUUACUCGCUCAGAUCCGAUCAAUACCUCUGCUAAAGCUAAAGGAGUGCGUCUUUCCCCCGGAUUCUGUAGCCCGUUUUUUCCUCUCCUCGCAAGUUGCCUCACGGUCGUUUCGUAUAGUGGAGGACCAGUGCUUUAUCAAAGGUAACGAAGACAUCCCAAAUGGCAUAGGUGAUGAGCUUCUAUGCAAGUUUCUAACCUCCGAUUGUGAUUAUAUGAGUCUCUCCUCAGUUGCUGAAGUGUCAUUUCGAGGCUUGAUCAACUUCAUUUUGGCUUGGCGCCGUUGUCCGCGGCAGUUUUCGCAAGCGUCAUUUGUGCGUUCCGAACGGUUUGACGUCGAUUCAAACUACGAAUAUGUUCCAGCAACUAUACAUCCUUUCUACAAAUCGGACCUAAUACUAAGAGCACAAAUGGAAAAUGUGAGUACUGUGGCCCUAGUCGGCAUUUGA